AUGGCUACCCCCAGUGUCCUUACCUUUGAUGCUGAGGGUCGUGCUGUUGACUUUGAGGUCUGGGUCGAUGACCUCCAGCUGUUCCUACAAAGCGAUAGGGCUGACGGACUCUCCCUGUUCGAUCUCACCUGUGGGGCCUCUCCUGCCCCACCUGCUACUGCUGACAGCACUGUUCGCUCAAAGCGGGCCACACGCAAUGCUGCUGCCCGUCUUGCUGUGCGUCGCCACUUACCGACCACUAAGCGUGCGCACUUUAGCCAGUACAAGAGUGCUAAGACCUUGUACGACGCUGUAGUUGCACGCUACUCCUCCCCUGCCACUGCUGCGCUUAGUCGCCUAAUGCUGCCGUACCUGUUCCCUGACCUUGCUUCCUUUCCCACAGUCGCUGACCUCAUUACGCACCUUCGCACUAGUGACACUCGCUACCGCGCUGCGCUUCCUGCUGAGUUCUGUGCCAAGAACCCCCCCCCCAUGUACAUCACCCUCUACUCCAUAGUCGGCGCGGCGUCUGCCCCUAGCGGGAGACGCCGCACCGGCAAGGGCAAGGGGGGCAAGGGCGCUGGAGGGGCUGGCAGGGGCGGUGGAGGUGGUGGUGGAGGCAGUGGAGGGGGUGGGGGUGGUGGUGGGAGUGGUGGCGGGGGUGGAGGUGUUGGUGGCAGCAGUGGAGGCGUAGGAGGCGGCGGCGGUGGCGGAUGGAGUGGAGGCGGCGGAGGUGGCGGAGGCUGCGGAGGUGGCAGAGGCGGCGGAGGUGGCGGAGGCGGCGGCGGCAGCGGUGGAGCUGGUCGCGGCUGUGCGCAAAGGAGUGGGUCCGGUGGUGGUCCGCGCCAGCAGCAGCAGCGCACUCGUGACACCCUGUCCCCUCAGCAGCUUCGUGAGUGGUACGCUGCGCAUCAGCGCGGAGGGGGUACUGGUCCCUGUACCUACGUCCUCCGUACCGGCGACCGCGCUGGUGAGCAGUGCGGGGGCCCGCACUCCACCCAGCGCUGCUUCGGCCGCCUGACGGACGCGUGGCGUCACCAGUUCCCUCACGCCACUGAGAUCCCUCGCUGGGGAGAGCUGUCUAGGGCGGGGGUUGCUAUCUUUGAUCUUGAUUAUGAUGCUAUUCUUAAUACCAUGUAUGCUGUGUCUGAUCGUGUUGAGGGUGACUGUUACCUGUGUGUUCCGCCUGACCCGGGCAUUGAGGCUGCUGCUCUAGGUGCUUGUGAGGCUGCUGCUCUAGGUGCUAGUGAGUCUGCUGCCCCAGGUGCUGGUGAGUCUGCUCUCUCAGGUGCUAUGCCGGCUCAGGCCUUACACACCUUCACCCUUGACUCGGGUGCUUCCCGCUCCUUCUUUCGAGACCGCACCACGCUUACGCCGCUUAGUCGGCCGGUUGCGGUCUCCCAAGCGGACUCCUCUGGGGGUCCUGUCCUUGCUAGCUUCUCCGCUGUCUUACCGUGCCCGGCAGCCCCCUCUGGCACCCUGUCAAGUCUCUACCUCCCCUCGUUCUCUACGAACUUGGUGAGUGGAGCUGAUCCACAGGACAGGGGGGUUGACCAGUAG